CACCUCGUGAUGAGAUAACGUUCAAGUCUCGUUCAACAACCAUGGACGUCUCAACACUGCUACUAAUCGCAGCUGGGGCUGUCCUGUGUGUCAUCGUGUUGGGCUAUAUAUACGCCACAUGGACACACGACAUGUUCAAGCUGAUGGGAAUCCCCGCGCCGGAACCAGGCUUGCUGGGGAUAGUGACUCGCUACAAGACUGAGGGCCUAGCUGGCUGUGACCAGCGUCUUAUAAAGCACAUGGCCGGGUUGUAGGCGUCUUUCACGGUCGUAUCCCUUCUUUGCUCGUGUCAGAUCCCGCGAUGAUCAAACAGAUUUGUGUGAAGGACUUCUCUAACUUCGUCAACAGAUCGACAUUCGGCCCAGUGCCAAAGAUAGUGAUGGACUGCAUCGCAGAGAUCUAUGACGAACACUGGAAGUUCAUGCGGUGUGUCCUCAGUCCUACUUUCAGUACAGGUAAACUCAAACAGAUGAUGGUUCUGAUCGAAAGAUGUACACAUUUGUUAGUCAGGAACGUGGAUAAACUCGCAGAAGAGAAGAAAAACAUUGAACUGAAACAUCUGAUGGGCUGCUACACCAUGGACGUGAUCGCCAACACCGGCUUCAGCAUCGACCUCGACAGCCAGUCCAACUCCGACAACGUCUUCGUCACCUACUGCCGGAAGGCCAUGAAGCUCACCUUCCCAUUUAUCUUCCUUGUUACACUGCUGUUUCCAUUCACCAAGUCCGUGUUUGAGAAGGUGGACUUCCAGAUUCUGGACACGGACAAAGACAAGGCGAAGUUCCGUUCUAUGAUCAAACAGGUGAUCGAGGACAGGAAGAAUAAUCCCGACUCGGAUCACAGUGACAUCCUGCAGGCGAUGUUGGACACCCACAAGGAGGAGUCUUCACAAGACCCGGAUGAUGAUUCUGAUGACGACACGGAGACCAAGCUUGACUUCAAGUACUUCAAGAAGCGAGGUCUGACAAACUAUGAGAUCUUCUGCAACUCCCACAUCUUCCUCCUUGCCGGCUACGACACCACCUCCAACGCCUUGACCUUCACCGCCUAUCUCUUAGCAAAACACCCAGAGAUCCAGGAGAAGUUGUACCAGUCGAUAAGGACACACAUUGGCGAUAAGAAGCCCACGUACGCCGACGUGACGAAGCUUCAGUACUUGGAGAACGUGUUCCUGGAAACUCUGAGACUCUAUCCCCCGGCAACCAGGAUCACACGAGUUCCCGCCAAGAGCACCAACAUCAACGGCUACCACAUCCCCGCCGGCCUGCCCAUCAUCAUACCCGUGUACGCCAUACAGCAUGAUCCAGAAUUCUGGUCCGACCCGGAAAAAUUCGACCCUGACAGGUUUCUUCCUGAGAAUAAGCAUGAGCUACACAACUACAUGUGGAUGCCGUUUGGCGUCGGGCCGCGGAACUGUCUGGGGAUGAGGCUCGCCUUGCUGGAAGCCAAGAUGGCGAUAGUAGCGUUAGUGCAGAACUUCCGGUUUGUUGUGAGCCCGGAGACAGAGGCGUCUGUCAAACUGGAAAAGGGAGGUUUCGUUAGACCAGAGAACAAUCUUUAUAUCGGCGUUGAAAGACGCCAGCAGGCUACAUAAUAGUCAUACUAGACGCAGCCACCAACUGAUCACAUUUCACAAGACAAAGAUUGAAGAAGAAUUUGCAGCAAUGUCGUUUGUGCAAGACGCCUGUGUAUGGUGUAACCAGAAAGAUCAAGAAACGGAAGGUGACCCUUGUUGGGGUGAACAUCAAAGGCGAUUUAGAUCGCCUCGUGUGUGCUUGGUGUUGAACUUGACCAUCUGGCUUUUAAUUCAGACCUUGAUCUUUAUCCUACAUACAAUCAAACCACCCUGCCAUGGCUUCUAGGCACGGAAUUCUAUCAGCUUUUACCAGUCAUACCUUCUUCUUCCCGAGACAAAAGUAUCCACUAGCCUAUAUCAAGAGUAGUUUCAGACCUUGCCAUUUCAAGCCUGCGUUUUGGGGUUUGAGCAUGGUGCCUUCCGUUUAGAGGAACAGUUGCCUCCCUUGUGAUGAAAACAGGAUAUCCAGUCUCUGUUCGUUUUUUAAUGGCCUCACAAAGAUCACUACCAUAGAAAACGACCUGAUCGAUAAGAUGACGAAACGAUUUUAGAUUUCAUCACUGAAGUAAUUCAAAAUAUUACUGGCGUAUUCUGCUCUUGUGGUCACAGGAUCCAACAGGCAAGUACAUUAUACGAGUAUAUAUAUAUAUAAGUAUCCUUAUAUUGUAGUCAGAUUUCAUUUCAAUACAUCCACAUGUAUCCCAGUAAUAUAUCUUUUCUCCCAUCAAUACAUUCCUUCACAAAUCAGACAACACACUGUGCAUGUAACUUUAUUAUACAUCAAAAUACAGCUUUGAAUCCACUACAAUAUACAUGUUGCAAUGCAGUGAUGUUAAACAGGGCCCCGCUUGUCGGGAACCUUUGUGAUGAGACAGUGUCAUUAUAUGGUGAAGCAAGUGACUACGCUUGACGAGGCGUUCAUGCUUUGUGUGUUUUCGUUUACUUCGACGACUCUGGAAACAGUUUCAGUUCAGGGAGGAUUUGAAUUUGUGAAUCUAUUGUUGUAAUAAACAUAUGUUAAUAAAGUAUGGUCAUUGU